CUCUCUCUCUCUCCAAAAAGUCUUUCGUCGUUGCUUCUUCAGGCUCCAGUUUCAUUCUUCUCAUACACCCACAAUUCAGAAAGCAAAAAUUUAUUAUAAUCAUCCAACACCAAGGUCCAUAGCUACCCAAAAAUGGGAAACGCCCUUAGAUUUCUUUAUGGCAAUUGUUGUAAGCCAACCGUAGACUCGGAUUCCCUGGGUCACCAUGGUGUAACCACAGCCACCGUAGGCGUUUCAGCCCUUGCCCAUGAUCUCUAUCUCUAUGAAAUCACCAAUCAGGUUCCUGAAGGACUCAGUAAGCAAGUGGUCUCAUCCAAGAAGGCUCAGGGUAACUGGUACAAGAAACUUUCAGUGGCAUGGAGAGAAGCAAAACCUCCACCAAAAACACCUGAGGAAGCUUCCAGGCUUAUUAUUCAGACCUUAAAGAGACAUCAAAAGGCAGAUGUUGAGGGUCUAUUGGCUUUCUAUGGUCUCCCUCUUCCACACACUCUUGUUGAACUUACUGAUGGGGUUGCCCCAUCGCAUCCCGAUGGACUAUUGUUCGAACUGCAGACACUUACAGUGGAUGCAAAAGCUGUAACAGAUGGAGAUGGUGUAACAGUAUAUGUUAGUACCACAGAUCCCCGGGAGUCAUCGUGCGUCCCUAGAGACGUACAAGUUGCAGCUGUUCAGAGAUCAAAAGCCCGAGCUGAGAGGAAUUUCCAAAUGGCAGAUGCGCUGCACAAGCAAAUUAUUGAAGCAGGAUAUCGGGUGCUACCUAUUCAAAAUGAGGAAGUUCUUGCUCGAAAAUAUCGGAUUCGACUAAGGGGAAUAGAUGCACCAGAGAUUAAAAUGCCAUACGGAAAAGAGGCAAAGGAGGAACUGACUAAGAUUGUUCAGGGCAAGUGUUUGAGAGUUCUCGUCUUUGCAGAAGAUCGUUAUGGUCGUAGCGUAGGUGAUAUAUACUGCAAUGGCAUCUUUGUACAGGAAUCUAUGUUAAAGAAAGGGUAUGCAUGGCAUUAUAAAGCUUAUGACAAACGUCCAGAACUAGAAAAGUGGGAGAAAGAGGCUCGGGCAAAGCGUAUUGGACUGUGGGCUUCGAAAAACCCUGAGAUGCCAUGGGAAUGGAGAAAGGACCGACGUCAAGGAAGAUAAGCUCUUUGCAAUCAAAGCUACCAUUGAGACCAACGGCUGGUUGUUCUUCUACCCAAGAACAUAUAGGGGCAAGCUCAACCAAACUGUUUGUCCUGAAUAACAGAGAAGUUCCCUAUUUAUGAUCAAGAGAUGCUAGCACGUCGAAAAAAACACCACCAGAUCGAAGUUGUAUUCCCAUCUAUUUGUGCAUCAAGUUCAAAGAAGAUCUUAAUCUAUAAUGAAGAAAUGAUGGUUGCUCGUUGUUUUAUAAGCUUUUUAUCAUAUUCAGUCAGACUCGACGGGAGAAUCUAUAUUCUCCCGUUUAGAUUUUAGGAAAGACUACAUUUCUGAUGACUCUGUAUAUUUUCGAUCAUGAUGUGAACUUGAGUUUAAUUUAAAGGAUCCAGUGAAACGUUGCUAUUGAUAUCUUAAAAGAUUGAAGAAUUCAUCAUCCUGCAGAACACGAGAUUCUAAAGCAAAUUCCUG